AUGAAGAUUCUAGACGAAUUAAGAGAGCAGGAAAGAUUACAAUUGCUAUAUAUACUAAAAAAAAAUAAUGGAAAAAAAACUUUAUUUUUUGAAAAGUCUCUUCAUAUUAUUAUUAAUUUAAUAUUAACAGAACAAGAUAUAAAAAAUGAAAAAAUUGAUAAUGUUUUUUUUUAUAUGACAGAUGAAAUAAAUACAAUAUCAGAGAAAGCAAAUGUAUCUAACAAUAUUAUAUUUUUUUUACGUCCAUAUUUUUAUGAAAUAGAACAAAUAUUUAAAAUUAUUGAAAAUAUAGAAAAAAUUAAAACAGACAAUAAAAAUUAUAUAUUUAUUUUUAUUCCUUAUAUGACAUAUAUGUGUGAACAAGAAAUAUAUAAAUAUAAUGUUUUAGAACUUACAAUUAAGGUUAUUAUUUAUCCUUUAUAUUUUUUUCCUUUAUAUAAUGAUGUAUUUAGUUUAGAAAUAAAAAAUAUCUUUAAAGAUUAUUAUGUAGAUAAUGAUUUUAGUAACCUUAUUUUUUGUUCAUAUGCUUUAAUGUUUCUUCAAUAUAUAUUCAAUGGUGUCUUUAGAAAUAUUAAAUCUCUAGGUCAUGUUUCACAUUUUAUUUCUGAACAGUUAAUGCAAUUAAGAAAAGAAAUUGUUGCUAAUAAUUUUAACAUACAAACUCCAAAUGAUUCACAAGAUAAUUUAUUUCACAUUUUAAAUAAUAUUCAAAGUUUACAAGAUUUAACAAAUUUCAAAAAUCCCAAAGAACCUUCUGUUGUACCUAUCAAAUAUGCUUUACAUAAAUUUUUUCUAUCCGAAAAUAUAAAAAAAAAAAAAAAAAAAAAAAAAAAAAACCCUCAUACCAACCAUAAUAACUACAUAUAUCAUGACCACAAUGAACAAAUUAACAUUAAAAAAUAUGAAACACCAAAAAAUUAUUCAUAUGAUGAAGAUGGAAAUUCAAUUUUACAUAGUAAUGAGUCACCUAGUGACCAUACCAGCACAGAUACGGAUAAUCAUAACCAUAGCCAUAACCAUAACCAUAAUCAAAAUCAAAAUCAAAACCUUAGUCUUACAUCUAAUUUAGAAAAUUCAGAACCCAUUAAAUGUAUCGAACGAAAUGAGCUUAGUUCAAGUACCUCCACAUACAAACGAGAACAUAUAGAAAACGAUCAUUUUUCAAAUACCCAUGAAAUAACAAACCAAUAUAAUAAUCGUUCAAAAAUAGAAAAUCAAAAAAAAAAUAAUAAUGAACAAAUUAAUGAUGAUGUUGGUAAAAUUAAGAAAAGUGAAACUCCAUUAAAUGAUUCUAAUAAAGACAUAGAAAAAGAUACAAAACAAUCUGACAACUUCAAAGAACCAAAUAAAAUAACAAAUUCUACUAAAAUUAUUGAUACUAAUAUAAAUGGUUAUUCUAAUUAUAUAAAUAAUAAUUAUGAUUAUGAUUAUGAUCAUGUUAAUAAAUAUAAUUCACAAAAAAUUUUGAAUUUUGAAACGGAUGAAAAUAGUGUUAAUUCAGAUGAUGCACAUAAAGAACCUGAUAAAAUAAAUUCAGAAAAUUAUAAAAAUAAUGAAAAUAAAAGAGAAAUUAUAGAUACUUAUCAACAAAAAUAUAAAAUUAUGAAUAAAGAAGAACACAUAAAUAGUAAUGAUAACCAUACUACUAAUCAAAAUAAUAUUGAUGCAGAUAAAAUUAAUCACAUCUUUUCAGACGAAUCUGAUUUUAAUAUUAGUGAACCCGAUUUUGGAGAAGACGAAAAAAAUAAUUCUAAUAAAUUACUUUCAAAUAAUUUAAGAAGCAGUCACAAUCGCCCUGUAAAAAAAGAAGCGAACAAAGAAGCGAACAAAGAAGCGAACAAAGAAGCGAAUUCACGCGAUAAAGAUAAAACAAAUGAACACUAUAAUUCAGACAAUGAUGAAGAUAAAAAAAUUCGAAAAAAAAACAAAAUAAGCAAAAUAAAUAAAAAAACUAAAAAAAAUAAAAAAAUUGCUUAUGGAACGGGUAUACCUAAUUUCAUGACCGAGUUCGAUAACACUAAAUUUCUUAUGAAAAAAAAAGAUAAAGAAGAAGCCGAAAAACAAGAAAAAAAAGAAAAAAAUUAUUUAUUAGAAAAACUUGGAAUCAAUCAUUUUCUAUUCUUAUUAAAUACAUGUACAAAAAUAGAUUCAUGUAUAAUUAUUGAUCGAAGAAUUGACAUGGUGACACCCUUUUGCACCCCUUUCACAUAUGAAGGUUUAAUUGAUCAUAUAUUUUGUAUUGAAAAUCUACAAAUAGAAAUACCAAGAUAUAUUAUAUUUAACACCGGAACAAACAAAAUAGAAGCAGAAAAUUCAAAAACCACAACUCAAAAAGGAUAUGCAUCUAACGAUUUAAAUAAUAAAAAAAUUAGAGUCAAAUUAAACAGUUCAAUAGAUGUAUUAUAUAAUGAUAUAAAAAAUUUAAACCAAAAUGAAGUAGGCAUAUUUCUACACAAAAAAGCUAGUGAUAUACAACAAACUUAUAAAGAAAAAGAUUCAUUAAAAGAUAUAAGCCAAAUAAAUAAAUUUAUGAUCAAAUUUAAAGAAAAACAUUAUGAACAUAAUUCUUUAUCUAGACAUGUAAAUAUUGCAUCAUAUAUUUUAAACGAAAUAAAAACAGAGCACACUUUUAAUAAAUUAAAAUUAGAAGAUGAAAUUAUACAAUUAAAUACAAAUACAAAUAAAAAUAUAUUAUCAAGUAUAAUUAAAAAAAUACAAACAUUAAUAUAUACUGGUGAAAAUAUAUACGAAAUCUAUAGAUUAGCAUCUCUAUUCUCUUCGAUAACUAAUGGGUUUAAUGAUACUUACAUGAACGAAUUAAAAAAAGAUAUUAUUGAACAAUAUGGUAUAAAUGAAUUAACUCGAUUAAAUAAGUUACAUAUUUCUAAUAUUUUAAAAUAUCAACCUAAACAAAAAUUUAUAUGGAACAAUUUAAAGAACCAUUUUAAUCUUCUAUCGAAUGAUGAAAAUGAUAUAUCGUAUGUGUGUAAUGGUUAUGCUCCUUUAUCAACUAGAUUAAUUGAAUACAUUGGUUUUUUUAAAAAUAAUAUGCAAGUAUUUCCAGAAGUUUUUAGUCUUAUAAAUGGUCCAACCUUUGAUAUAAUACAAAAUGCUGUAGGAUAUGAACAUGUUCAGGUAAAUAACAAUGAAGACCUCGAUGAAUCUAGCUAUAAAACCCUUGAAAGUUCUACUGAAACAUAUAGCCAAUCAUUUAGCGACAACACUAGUAAUAUUGAUAAUGACAACAAUCCACAAACUCAUAAUAAUAUUGAUCAUCAUAAUAAUAUUGAUCAUAAUAGUAGUGUUGAAGUUAGUAUGGCUAGUCAUAGUAGUGACAAAGAUAGUAUACAAAGUAAUACUAGUGAACAAACUCAUGAUAUUAAUUCCAAAAAACAUAAAAAAUAUGUUAUUCUUUUUUAUGUUGGUGGUAUUACAUAUGCCGAAAUUGCAUCCAUUAGGAAAUUAAAUCAGACCAACGAAAAUUAUCAUUAUUUAAUUUUUACAACUGAAAUUAUUAGUUCAAAAAGGAUAUUCGAUUCAAUGGGUACUUAG